AGGAGGGCUGGGGUCGCCCGGCCCCCCGCAGGUCGAGGCUCCCGGAGGCCUGGACACCCGUGGCUCCUGAUCACCCCCACGACUGAGAGUAUUUGUUUUGGUCCACAAAAGCAUUUUCAAGAAGCUGAUCAAGUAUGGCUUUAGCAGACAGAAGACUUGAGAACCUGCAGAUCUACAAAGUUCUUCAGUGUGUUCGGAACAAAGACACGAAGCAGAUAGAGAAGCUGAUCAGACUUGGUUACCCUGAACUGAUCAACUUCACAGAUCCUGUCGAUGGGCAGAGCGCCCUGCACUUGGCCUCGGUGUCCAAUGACAUUGAUAUGGUCAGCUUCCUCCUCAGCCUCGGUGCUCACCCCGACGUGAAAGACAGAAUGGGCUGCACUCCGGCAAUGAGGGCCGCCGAACUGGGCCAUGAAUUGUCCAUGGAAAUAUUAGCGAAGGCCAAGGCGGAUAUGACAUCAGUUGAUAAUGAAGGAAAAGGUGUUUUGUUUUACUGCAUUUUACCUACCAAGAGGCACUACCGCUGUGCGUUGAUUGCCCUGGAACACGGCGCCGAUGUCAACAAUUCUUCCUACGAGGGAAAGCCCGUGUUCCUGAAAGCUUGCGAAGAAGCCCAUGACAUUAAAGAAAUGUGCUUGACAUUUUUGGAAAAAGGAGCCAAUCCAAAUGCUAUCAACUCAUCCACAGGGCGCACGGCUUUGAUGGAAGCGUCGAGGGAAGGAGUGAUCGAGCUAGUCCGAGGGAUCCUGGAAAGAGGAGGUCAGGUGAACGCGUUCGAUAACGAGAGACAUCACGCUGCACAUUUCGCUGCCAAAGGAGGCUUUUUUGAUAUAUUGAAGCUGCUUUUUGCCUACAACGGAGACAUGGGGCUGAUCGCAAUGAAUGGGAACACACCACUUCAUUACGCUGCCAUGGGUGGUUUCGCAGAUUGCUGUAAAUAUAUAGCUCAGCGAGGAUGUGACCUGAAAUGGAAGAAUUUAGACCAUAAGACGCCCAGGGCUGUGGCUAAGGAAGGCGGCUUCAAACUAGCAGGCAAAGAAAUACGGCGGGCGGAGAGAAUCGCCAACAGACUGGCCAAGCCGGGGGUCAAAAACCCGAAUCCCCUCUGGGCCCUUCGACUUCACGACUGGUCGGCAGAGUACGAGGCCUUCCUGCGGGAGGCCCUGUCGUUUGUGGACAGGGGCAACGGGACCGUCGGCAAGGAGGACUUCGUGAUGGUGCUGGAGGAGAGGCAGGAGUUCGUGACCUCGGACCAGCUGUCUCUCGUAGCCCAGCUUCAUGAGAAGGUCCGGGGCGCGGGCGUCAACAUCAACGAUUUCUUCAAGGGAACCAAAUACCUGAGCAAGUCUUUCGUCCUGGGAUCCUAUGGGCCUAAAAGAAAGAAGAAGGGGCUAGCCAAGAAGGCCAAGAAAGGCAAGUUCGUUCUCCCCCUCCCCAUCUGUGUGAUCCCCAACGACGCGUUCCCACGCCGCAGCGACGGCGGGCCUCCCUAUUACAUGAUUGAAACCUACUCCAACGUCACGGACUGCAAUCGGUUCAACCGGGAUCGCCCCCCCGAACACCCCAUCCAGGACGACUCUGCUUGGUACAUCGAUGACUCCGGGAAGGUAUUUUCGAAUAUUAACUUUAUCACCAAGGCAGGGGACCUAGCUUCUCUGAAGAAGGCGUUCGAGUCAGGAAUACCCGUGGAUAUGAAGGAUAAUUAUUACAAAACCCCGCUGAUGACUGCUUGUGCGACUGGAAACAUAGAUGUGGUCAAGUUUCUUCUUGAAAAAGGGGCUAACGUUAAUGCAACAGAUAAUUUUCUGUGGACUCCGCUUCAUUUUGCAUGCCAUACGGGCCAACAAGAUAUUGUUGAGCUUCUUGUAAAACAUGGAGCCAUGAUAGAUGCAAUGUCAAUCAACAACUCGACUCCUUUAAGUAGAGCCAUUGAGAGCUGUAGACUGGAUACUGUCAAAUACCUACUUGAUAUUGGUGCUAAAUUCCAGCUGGAAAAUAGAAAAGGGCACACUGCCAUGGAUAUUGCAAAGGCAUACGCUGACUAUAGAGUAAUUAGUUUGAUUAAAGAAAAGCAAGAUAACUUGCCAAAACCAGCAGACGCCCAAAAACUGAAAGGCAAGCCACCUCUUAAAGUGAAAACUGAAGGUCCUGAAAUUAAGAAAGAAGAGGAACCACUUUCAUUGGUUUAUACCGUACCAACCAUAUUGGAGACAAAGAAAAUGCAUAAGGAUAAUGUAGUUCAUCUCAACUCAUUGAUUACCAGUGGUUAUACCAAGAAAGUGGAUAUCACAUUUACUCCACGGAGGAUCUGGAGUCCUGAAGCUACAACAGCAGAGCUGAUCAGAAAGAGGGAGCUGCGGAGGGAGAGGUUCACUUACGAGGUGGACUUUGAAGACUUCAUGAUGCCCUUUCAGAAGAACAUUACCGAAAAAGCUCGAGCAUUGGAAGCUACUUUCAAGAACUAGAUCACAGAAGUUGCUUCUUGGGUUAAACAUUUCAAGGCCCAGGGACCGAACUUUGGAGAAGGUAGAUAUUUCCACCAAAGCCAAAGCAAUCCACAAAUUAAGUAUUUGUAACCAAAUAUUUGUUUUUGCUUUAACAACUAUAAAUAUUCUGAGCUGUCCCCCAAUCUUCUUUAAGAUUGUAGUGGAAUAAAUGGCAUUUUGGUUAUAAACAUAACAUUAAUGUCAAAGAACUUACCAAAUGUACACCAUUAUGUUUGCUAAAGACGUAAUUCUGGGAACUGAUGAGAACAGUUUAAUAUUGGGGGAGAGGAGGAGCUUUGAGUCCAUGAAGGAAGGAGUUUGUUUCUCACACAUCCUCCUAAGUGAUGUGUGUUGGGUUAAGUAAACUUUGACACCUCUGGCAGACACUGUCAGCACUUCACCCAUUUCUCCCCUGCUGUGGGACUGUAGCAUUCUCAGGCCUGACUUCCAGAGGCUGGAAGGCUACCCCUGCACUUAAACUGGUAGGGGCCAAAGUACAGGGGCAUGAGCGCCUCCUGGAAGCAGCCCCCAAGCAGUGACUGAACAGAUUCAGUGUGUAACACCCCAGCUCCCUCACCGUUCAGGUGGGUUAUUCUAAAGUGCAUGUUCUCACUGACUUCUAGAGCUUCACAGGGGGAUUAAGAUGAAGACGCCCACAGUGGAGAUUUCUGUGGCCCCCCCUUCUCCUCCCUGUCUUCUCACUUUUCUCCACCCCUCUGGUCUUUAUCGAGAUCACUUCCCA